CUUGAGCAUAACCUUCCUGACGCAGACGCAGCAAAGCCACAGCGGCUCCAUCCAUCAAAUCCUUUGGCAAUGGUGUCGGAUCCUGGAGACAACUGUGCAGAGAACUCGGACUCAGUGGAGGUCUCUCAAGAAGUUGGAGCUAUGGAGCCUUCUCCAAACAAGGACACCAGAGGGCCUGAGACACUUGACCUUAGCCAUACAACAGAGAUGACCUUGAGCCCUGACCAGUUAGAGGCAGAGGAGAGGGCUUUUGUUGAUAAUCUUUAUCGUUUCAUGAAAGACCGAGGUACACCAAUUGAAAGAAUACCACAUCUUGGAUUUAAACAAAUUAAUCUGUGGAAAAUCUACAAAGCAGUCGAGGCCCUUGGGGGAUAUGACUCUGUGACAGCACGGCGGUUGUGGAAGAAUGUAUAUGAUGAACUAGGAGGAAGUCCAGGGAGUACGAGUGCAGCUACUUGUACCCGUAAACACUAUGAGAGGCUUGUUCUACCUUUUGAAAGACAGCUGAGAGGAGAGGAAUAUAAACCCCUUCCUCCAUCUAAACCUCGAAAACUGUAUAAGAAGAGUCCGGACAUUAAGAGUGUCAAACCUGAGGCCAAGAGGAGGAGGAAACUGAUUGAGACGGAAGAAAAGACUAAGGAAAUAGCUCAUCAUGGCCAUCUGUGUAAACCAGGAACAUGCCCUCACUCUAGUCACUGGGCAGUUUAUCAGGACCAACCCCAGCGAGAUUGCCCAGAAUCCCAAAACAAGUUUGGGGACCAUCAGACAACUGCCCUUGUGGUCCAUGAAUCUCACCAGGACAUCUCUGCUCCUGUGCCAGUAGGUUCCACAGGGGUAAUUUCACCUUUGGAGAAAAAGAAGCUUCUGGCACAAGCAAGCCUGUGUUUCCUGCAGAGUCCAAAAGCAGAAGACAGCUCAAGAAGGCCAACUGUUAUCCAGUGCUCUCCAACCCCUGGUUGUUCACUGCCAGGCAGGAGCCAUAACUCUUCAGAUGGUUCCCCACUACCUCUCUCCUCGCCCUCUGUCACAUGCUCUCGCAGCCCUUCACCUAACUCUGUUUCAUCUGAGGAAUGCUUAGUAAUGACUGAACCCAUCAUCUUAUCUACAGACACAAAGAAAAGCACACUGUCAAACCUUGCUGUUACCCUCUCUACUCCUCCCUAUUCAGCACCCAGCUUUCCAGCAUUAUGCAAACCUCGAAGCUGUUACCCCACACAUCUGGGCAACCUUCAAUUGCACCAUUACCAAGAUAUUCUUCAGGCAAGCCCAAAACAAUCUAACAACACCACUGCAAGUAAAAACUACAGAGCUGCGUACACCUGGAGCCCUGAAAUCCAGGGGGGGAGUUCUCAGCCCCCUAUUCUGAAGCCCUGGGUGUCCUCAGCUUCUAGUUUCACAAAAGUGAUGCCGAAAUCCAAGGAUGUUUUCUCUCCAGUGGCCCUCCAUCCUUUUCACAAAGCCUUGCCUCCAACUCAUGAGCCAACAAAUAAAAUAUAUAUAAGAAACGGUCAGGAAUUCAGUCAAUCCCCCAAGAAACCUCGAGGGCCUUUGCAUUUCAUAGACAAAAAAGACAAAGCUGUGCAUGUCUUGCCAAAACCGCUACCCAGCGUACAGUAUAUACAACAUUCUGCCAUAGUUCCUCAAGUACCUUACCGGGGGUCUGAGAACCAUCUGAAGUGUCUACAAGGUCAAAAUUCAGUUCAUUGUCCAACCCAUCUGCCAAUGCCUCAACUGAACCCACACCAACCACAUCUAUUGCCAGCUGUUACUAGCUUCUCUACCCCAUAUGACUUUUCUCUUCAAUCAUACUACAGCCUGCCAUUCUGGCCAUCCCCUACUGGUCUGUAUCCAUAUCCAUCCAAUACAAGACUCUGAAAAUACAGUAAAUUGUCCUACGAAAGGCAUAUCAGAGGAGAUGUUGGACUGCUUUACAUGUUUCUGUGAUUGUUCAGAAGAUUUUCUAAAAUCUCACACAGACUAUUGUUAUUUUAGGUUUGAUCAUUACUCCAUCCUGACAAUCAGAGACUACCUAAUUUACCCAUUUUGGGAAUGGUGGAUUGAACCCAUUUCCAUCUUUCCAGCAUGCAUCAAGGCAAAUAUAUGUUGUUUUAAUACAGGACAAAAGACUGCAUUGGAUUAUCAUUCUCACUCAGGGUUGUCAUAUUGGUAUCAAGCAUGAAAAAAGUGGUAUCAUGCCACAAAAUGUCUACAACAUUAGUCCUGUAUUAUAAAAUGUCAUCAACACAGUGUGUGUCUUAUGUGAAUAACACUGGCAGCUACAGUGGGGAGAAAAUGUAUUUGAUACCAUGCUAAAGUUGCCUAAAAAGAGGAAUAUAAAAUAGAUAAGACAAUAAAUCUUAAUGUCUUAAUAAAAAAAAAUAGUAAAAAUAAAACCGCUAGUACACCAAUUUUCUUUGUGAUUGAAGAAUGUAUCGUAAAUAAUUAAAUGUUCUUCCUAAAUGCUAGGGGUAAGGAAGUAUUUGACCCCCGAUGUCACCCUAAGGGAAUUUAACACAUAGGGUUAACAUAGGGGCAGGCAGAUUUUUAUUUUUUAAGGCCAGCUAUUUCAUGGAUCCAGGAUAGUUCCCUUGGCCGUUGGAAUUAAAAUAGCCCCACAUCAUCACAUACCCUUCACCUCGGCGGUUUGAUUUGUACUCAUUUUUUUAAUUAAGGCAUUAAGAUCAAUUGUCAAAUGAUGUUUUUAUAUUCCUGUUUUAGCAUGGUAUCAAAUACAUGUGCUCCCCACUGUAUCUGGAUCUGCGCGGUGUACGGUCGUAUGCAAGAGAAUUUCCUGUGUGUGUGUAUUCACACGAAAUUAGCCUUCCAUAACUUCCCAACUCAACUUCAUUAAAGCAAUAGUUCGGAAUUUUGGACAUAGGACCUCAUUUCCAACUCAGUCUGGGUGAUAUAGGUCGGUGAAGACCAUUUUCAGUGAAUUUCUGCCCUUCCUAUGACUUGCAGCGUUCAUCUCGCGCUAAUCUGGUGCCAAGAUAACGCAAGUCAACGGUAACAUCCAGCCUGCCACUGAAAACACUCCACAGAACACCCGAAACAAAUACAUUUUAACGUCAGACUAUCGAUGCACAUGCCUAGUGUUGAUAGAACCAUGUUAGAAAUAAAACGAACCUUGCAUCACAUUGCAAUAGCCUACUUUGUUCCCUGUAUGGCAGUGGCGGAUUGAUAUUGAGAAACUAGUCCCUCAAAAUGUAAUAAAUCAUUGAGUUGCAAGGUUAGUUUUAUUUCUAAAAUUAUUCUAUCAACACGGACAUGUAUAUCGAUAGUCCGACGAUUUAAUUGACUUGUCUCGGGUGUGCGGUGAAGUGAGUAAGACUGUUGUUGAUGUCAGACUGAUGUUACCGUAGAAAUGUGUUAGCUCAAAACCAGCGUUAGCAAAUGGGGACGCUGGAACUGAAGGAAGGGGCUAAACGCGAUAAAAACGGUCUCCACCGACCUAUAUCACCUCGGUAGAGUUGGAAAUGAGGUCCUAUGUCCAAAAUUCCGAACUAUUCCUUUAACUUUAAUUCUAUUUACAUUGAAUUUACAUUUCAAAAACAAACACGGGAAAUACUCCUCGAAUGAAACUCCACUGAGUUUUCACACACUCAUCUUUUUCACUUUCCUCACCAUCACUCACAUCAUUUUUAAAAAUCUCUUGGUUUUGACAGUCUAUGCAAGUGCAGGCUGGGGUGCAUGGCAGUCCAUUUCGAGUAGGCCUACAGGCACAGAGUUUUUUUUCAUACUUGUUCUUAUGGCAGCCACAUUUGACAAAGACCAAGAGCAUCUCCCUUCAGACACCACUCAAGAUCAACUGGGGAAGGCAGCUCAAGUUUUGCUUUAGUGCUGGACUUCCAUACGUAGGUCAAAUAGUUUUUAAAGGAGGAGGAAGAGGAAGAAAUGCAGCUGGUGAUGGUGGAAGCUUUUCAUAUUAUUUUGGUGAAAUGCCUUCUUGGGAGCAGAUUGGGGAGGCAGGUUUACGGGGAUAAGCAAACAAAAAAGGAAAAAGCUUUUUUACAUCCAAAUUCAUCAUGGUGUAGGCCCUUGUAGUGGGCCUAUACUGUAAAUUAGGCUGUAAAUGAUGAUGUCAUAAAAAUGUGAAAAAGGAGGGUACAAAUUUGAAGACGAAGUGAAAUGUCUGUUGUGAUUUCUCAAUUUCAGCAACCAAAAAAAAUAAAUCAAAUUUAACAUCCAAAUCCAGAGAGUAUACACAAGACUGAGUACUAGCAUAACUCCUCUCCUAUCAAUAUAAGCUAAGAAUGCACACUCCUAAUGGAAAAAAAUAGAUCAAGAUUUUCAUGUCAAUACAUAUUAAGACUGCAAUACAUAAAGGCAGUGAUUACACUUUUGAAUCAAAGAAAGCAUUAGCCUAUAGGCCUAGAUUAAGAAAUGGCUAGGCUAAUAUAACUUUCCCUACUAAAAAGGGGGUCUGUUUAUCCUUUAAAACUCUCAGGUCAGAAAACUGAAGAAACCAUCGGAUUUCAAUAGAGGGGAUGCAUGGCGGGCAGGUGCAUGUGUGGUCAACAACCAUUGACAUUUCGGAAUCUAACAAAGCACUGACAUGAGGUGUGCUUGUCAAUGUACAUGUGUGUGCUAUUUGUUUUUGCAUGUUUUCAUUGGAAGCACUGGCUCAGUUCUUGUUGGGCAUGAUGUUUUACAUUGAUGACAGCCACUAAGGUGGCA